AUGGAAGGACUGUGUAUGCUACUAAAACGGUUAGCUUAUCCUUGUCGUUACAGCGAUAUGAUCGCGCGUUUUGGAAGACCUGUUCCUGAACUGUGCAUGAUCACAAACCGAGUCAUGGAUUUUAUCUAUGAUGCACAUGGCCACCGAAUCACUCAGUGGAAUGACACUAUACUGAAUCCCAGAUUGCUUGAACAAUAUGCCACUGUCAUCACAGAAAAAGGAGCAGCUCUAGACAACUGUUUUGGCUUUGUUGAUGGUACCGUACGACCGAUCUCCAAACCAGGAGAUAUGCAGAGAAUCGUUUACAAUGGGCACAAGAGAGUACAUGCUCUCAAGUUUCAGUCGGUUGCCAUACCUAAUGGGCUCAUUGCCAAUAUGUUUGGCCCUGUGGGUAAGUGCCAUUGAACAAUAUUACUUUAAUACUGUUUGCAAAAAUAGGGGUAGCAUUGAUUUGAAUAACCCGAUGCAGUUUUUAAAGGACAUGGCUAAAAUUUAAUGAAAAGUCAUUUGCCUAUAUAUGGCAGUAUAUAAAAAGUACUGCUUGAUCUUAGAAGUUUGGAGCAAAUGUAAGAACAAAAGAUCACUACUAUCACUUCUGUUGCUGUAUAUUGAAAUUAGGAAGCUAUAGGUUGAACUAUAUAAAAAAUACCUUAAGUUUAUUACUUUUUUUUUCUUUACUUUAGAGGGUAGGAGGCAUGAUGCAGGGAUGUUGCAUGAUUCUGGGCUACUUCACAACCUGGAAGCCUAUGCCUACUCAGCGACCCUGCUUACCCCCUAA